UACCCAGAGUGUGUCCUAGCCUGUCUCUGUGUGGCUCCGUGAACAUCAGCAUGGCCCCCAAGAAGAAGGAAGAGCCCAAGCCCGCCGCGGCCCCCAAGCCCCCGGAGCCCGAGCCGCCCAAGGUGCCGGAGUUUAACCCCGCAGAAGUGCAGCUUGAAUUCACUGCGGAGCAGAUUGAGGAUUUCAAGGAUGCGUUCCAGCUGUUUGACAGGACACCAACCAACGAGAUGAAGAUCACCUUCGCCCAGUGCGGAGACCUGAUCCGGGCCUUGGGCCAGAACCCCACCAACGCCGAGGUCAUGCACGUCUUAGGCAAGCCCAAGGCUGAAGACAUGCAGGUGAAGAUGCUGGACUUCGACCAGUUCCUGCCCAUGCACCAGCACAUCUGCAAGGCCAAAGACCGCGGCACCUUCGAGGACUUCGUGGAGGGCCUGCGGGUGUUCGACAAAGAGGGGAACGGGACGGUGAUGGGCGCUGAACUCAGACACGUCCUGGCUACUCUGGGUGAGAAGAUGAAGGAAGAUGAGGUGGAGCAGCUGAUGGCUGGACAGGAGGAUGCCAACGGCUGUAUAAACUACGAAGCUUUUGUAAAGCACAUCAUGGCUGGCUGAACAGAUGAUCAAGACACUUCGUUGAGGAUCCAGAAU